UGUGACAGGACAGAGUCCAGACGACGCCCGGGUGGACCCGGAACUGGAUUCUGAACUGGUUGUGCGUGAGCUGGAGUCAGUCAUUAAUGAACACGAGCGCCUUACGUCUUCUGCGCACUCUAAUCAAAGAACGGUACAACAGGCGGGGAGUGGUCUCACUUCUUUCGCGUACGACCCAGAAUCUGGGACUGCUCCGUCGACACAGGUGAGUGCCUCCAGGGCAUACCUUGGACUACCACAAGGCAAAAAGCGAAGCUCGAAUACUGUUUCAGGUGAGACACAACAGGAAGAUGAAAAGUCAACGGAAGGAGACAAUUUAGUGAAUAAAGAAGGGAAGGACAUACUGAAAUCAGAAGGAACUAAAGGCAAACCCAAAUUAUUCCUUCCUUUACCUCUUGAUGCAGGACAAACUGAGACAAAUCAUUUAGAGAACGGAGUCCUCGACUAGUCCCGAUGAACCAUUCAGUGCCAAAGUACCGUUCGACAGCGACGAAACCUUGAAAACUCCCAAGAUCCUUUCCUCGCUCUCUCCCAAUUACUCCGAAAAAAUGCAUCAGAAGCUCAGACCAGCUCCUGCCAUCAGAGUCUCAGUCACCACAGAAGCAAGAGGAAGAAAGCCUUUUUUGCUGCAACCACGUAGGCGUCGCGCCGCAACGAUACUGCGGUGACCACAGUCAGGCAGUGUGUCUGGAGUGUGCGUUCGAAUUCCAUCGCAGCUGUGCCGACGUGGAGGGGAUGCAGCAGGCUGCUGUGGCACGCAGGAAAGAGCUGCAACGGCUGUGUGACAGGAUGCUGUACCGCAAAGCCGAGUGGGAAAGUCUUCUAGGUGAGACAAAAACGUACAGGACCUUCGUAACAGAGGAAAAGGAAAAAACACUGUCAACUAUCAAGCAAAUAACAGAGGAGAUAGCGAGAGCCGUACAAGAAAAGGGGGAGGAGCUUGCCCGAGAGGCGGAGAAGCUGUUCGCGGGCGAGCAGGAGAGGUGGAGCCGGCGAGAAGAUGAGGUGAAGCGCGCACUCAGCAUGGCGCAGGAGGCGUACUCGGCCAGCGAUGACGUCGUAAUGACCAGCGACAACAACAAUGUGCUGCUUAGACAGUUUGGAAAGCUUCGCGGCAGGUGUGAUGCCGUGAUGGAGAUCGAAAUAAGUGACGUCAGCGAGAUACUGAAUCAUGUUGAGGUCAAAAGUAAGUGGCUGCAGGAGCUGGCGACCAAUGACGUCAUGGAGCUGAAUGCAGAGCGGUCCAUACCGGUGAAGAAAAUUCAGCCGCUGUCCGAGAGAAGUCUGGAAACUUUUAGACGUAUUUCCCGGAAAAAAGUAAAGAUUUUUUAAAAUAGGGAUUAGAUAUUGUUAAGGAGGGAGAAAGUAGAUGACACUUCAAAGAAGCGAUUGCAAAGAGACGAGCAGAGUGGACGUGGAGGACAGAGACAAACCCAUGGACAAACACACAGAGACACACUUAGACGUACUGGGACAGCGUGUGAAAGGAAGAGGGGGAAGGAAAAGUCUGAAAUUCAAUACUCAGGACAGGAUAGGCACGGUAAGUAUUUGAUGAAGAGGGCUAGCGUAAAACACGCAUGCCGUUUAACUAGUGCCACUGCGUAGGAGAGAAAAGGCGCCAGCUGGAGAAACGGGGCUGGAAUUCAUGUCAAGCCAUUAACGGACCGGUCACACCUCUGUCUUCGCAACGCAGGUGCCCGCGAUGGGCGCACAACUAAGCACACAGAGCAUGUCACGACCACGACAAGGCAUAUGCACUCCACGCAGGAUAGAGGUUACCGGCUUGACCGAUGUGUAAGUUAAAGGCUCGACAUGAAUCCCAAACCCAGAGCAUCAGUCAGUCUCGAUCGAGUCCUUUAUAUUCUACCAUUUGUGCUUUACCAAAGUUGCGCAGUGCAUGUGUGUGUGUCUGAGCCCUCGUUGUUGACUAUGUGGUCUGUUUGACGUGUUGCUAGGCGACAGGCAUUAAAGAGCAGCACAUUCGAGGGAAAAGGCGGCAACUCCCUACUCCCACCUUCACGGAGUGGCCAGCGGGCGUCCCUCGCCAGGUCUCUCGCCUCUACGGGCAGCCUGGCAUCACUCACUGCCUCCACGCCCAGUAUGAGCUUCCUGGAUGGACCGCAGUCUGUGAGAUUUGUUC